AUGGUCAAAGUCUGUCUGAAACCAUCUUCACAAUAAAAUCUAUUUAAUAAUAAUAAUUUCUAAAUUUCCAAUUAUUAAUGUAAAAAUAUAAAAAUAAAGAGGAAUCAGGAAUUCAGGAUCAGGAUUCAGGAAUCAAUGUGUAGCAAAUCUAGCAAUAUGACACUUUGGCAACAGCGGUAAUUUCCUCACAGUGUUUACACUUUUGCAGUUGAGUUUUAAUAUCGGCUGUCAACAAAAAUGAAAAUAAUUAUAAAGCCUCUCACUGGAAAAGAAUUCGAGCUCGAGGUAAAUCCAGAAUGUGACGUCGAGCAUUUGAAACAGUUGAUUGAAAAGAAAUGUAAUAUGCCAGGAGCCCAGCAUCAGCGCCUUGUUCACUUAGGCAAAACUCUCUCAGAUGGUUCUUCAUUAUUAACCUACAAAGUUACAGAAGGUUCUAAAAUCCAUCUCUUUACUAAAAAAAUUGAUCAUGGCCCCAAACGUAGUGGUUUGGAUAUUGCACUUUACAAUGCACUGAAAAGUCAUUUAAGUAAAGAAGAUAUUGAUAAAGUUGUAACUGAAUUCAAUAAAGAACUACAGACAGCAUUCACCAAUUACAGCCUGGAUGACAUAGAACGAUUGGCUGUUAAUUUGUUGCGAUGAAAUUUAUCUUUUUAAAAAAUCUCUUCAUCAUUUAACUGAUUAAUAAAUACAUUUUCAACGUG